CGUUGCCAUUAGGCAUUAACCUUUCUUUUGAAAGUCAAAAUAUCUCUAGUACGAGGUUUAAACACAACUCAAGAAUCAAGAUUCCUCGGACUGUUGCCCGUUGAGCUUCAAUCAUGUCUUCUUCUCACGGCGUAAUUCCCUUGUACGCCGACCUCCUCGAAUCCUGCGCUUCCACUAAAAACCUGAAAAGUCUCCGACAAAUACACGCUCGGACAUUGGCUCUCGGAAUCUCCCGCCACAAAUUCAUCCGAGCAAAGCUCGUAUACGCCUACGCUUGCUGUGCCCAGCUCUACGAAGCCAUCCUUCUCUUCCGCUUCUCCAAUCACCAAUCCACUUUCCUCUUCAACACCCUCAUUAGAGCCCAUUCCUCUCUCAACUUGUUCUCCAAAGCUCUCCACAUCUUUCGCCAAAUGCUUCUCUCGGACAAAAUCAUCCAAUGCCAAACGCUUCCUCCGGUGCUCAAGUCCUGCGCCGGCUUAUCGGCCUUGCGGCUCGGCCGGCAGGUCCACGGGGCUGUUUUCGCCCGUGGGUUUUGCUUGGACUUGGCCAGCUCCAACGCAUUGAUCACUAUGUAUGCUAAAUGUGGUGAUUUGGAGACUGCGCGCAAGAUGUUCGAUGGAAUGCUGGUGAGAAAUGAGGUUUCGUGGUCAGCGCUUAUGGCGGGCUAUGGGAUGCAUGGGAUGUGCGGAGAGGUGUUUCGGUUGUUUGAUGAGAUGUUGGAGGCGGGAGGAAGCCCAGACGGGGUGACUUUUACUACGGUCCUCACAUCGUGUAGUCAUGCCGGCUUGACAGAUAAGGGCAAAGAGUAUUUUGAGUUGAUGCAAAGUGGGUUUGGGAUAAUCCCUGCAUUGGAGCAUUAUACGUGUAUGGUGGAUAUGUUAGGAAGAGUGGGGCGGGUUGAGGAAGCAGAGGAGUUGAUUUCGGGAAUGGAAAUGGAGCCUGAUGAGGCAUUGUGGGGUGCGAUGUUGAGCGCUUGUCGGAUCCAUGGGAAGGUGGAGGUGGCGGAGAGGGUAGAAGGGAAGCUUUAUGGAAGGCAGUCAAGAGUAGCAGCUGCAUAUAAGUGAGAGUUAAUAUCUCAGCUAACAUAACGGGAUCCUUAUUGAUAGACUAAUCAAUCUCACACCUCACCAGAGUCUGAAUUCAAACAAAAUAAUAAAACAGUUGAAAGUCCCAAUGCUAAUGAGCAGUUGAUGAAUAUGGGCUCCGCCAAACUCUUAUCAUUUCAAAUUUGUGGUGGAAAUGAUUGUUGGUAAACACGGAGGAAAAUUCUGAACUGUAAAACCACACAAGGAAGAAUUUUCUAAGUACCACCUCUUUCAACUGUCAAGGGUUCUUAAUUCUUGUGGAGCAGAAGCUGCAAGGCUGCUAUAUCCUUUCGCAUCGCAUAACAGUUUUGGACUCUUCUCGAGCCCACACUAAUCCGAGGCACUUGUUACUUUCUUAUCAUUUUCAGAAUGCUGUAAGCAGAGUCUAGUAACCUAG